GCGUUAAAUACAAAACGUGAAAUUAAAUUUAUUUCAACUUUGUAACGAGAAGCACGUUGUUUAUAUAUUCUAGUGCAAAAAAAUUAUAGUGAAAUUAAUAAAAAACAUUUUUAAAGUUACUAUUUACUUGAAAGCAAACUAAAAAAAAUCUAAAAGUAUGGCUCAAAUUAUCGAUGGCAAAGCUAUUGCUGCCCAGAUUCGUGCUGAAAUUCGUCAAGAUGUUGAAGACUUCAUAGCUAAAGGUAAUCGUAAACCACAUUUAACUGCCAUAAUCGUUGGAGAGGACCAAGCCAGUGAAACGUAUGUGCGUAUGAAAAUGAAUGCCGCCAAAGAUAUUGGCAUUUCCAGUGAGACAAAACGUUUGCCAGCCAAUAUUACCGAACAAGAACUUUUGGAAGUGAUUGAUCAAUUAAAUAAUGAUCCAAAUGUUGAUGGUAUCUUAGUACAAUUGCCCGUGCCCGAACACAUGAAUGAGCGUAAAAUUUGCAAUGCAGUUGUUUGUGAAAAAGAUGUCGAUGGUUUUAAUGUCUUUAAUGUUGGACGCAUGUGUCUCGAUAUGAAGUCAAUGAUACCGGCGACACCUUUGGGGGUAAUUGAACUAUUGAGACGUACGAAUAUUGAUACAUUCGGCAAGAAUGCUGUAGUUGUUGGACGUUCGAAAAACGUCAGUAUGCCAAUUGCUAUGUUAAUGCAUGCCGAUGGUCGUAACGAAACUAAUGCCAUGGAUGCUACAGUAACUAUUUGUCAUCGUUUUACGCCACCUAAAGAAUUGGCUAAAUACUGUUCAAUGGCCGAUAUUAUAAUAACAGCAACUGGUGUACCCGGCCUCAUAACAAAAGAAAUGGUUAAACCCGGUGCCUGUGUCAUUGAUGUUGGUAUAACUCGCAUAACUGAUAGUAAUGGUAAAACUAAGUUGGUAGGAGAUGUAGAUUAUGAUGAAGUUCGCCAAGUAGCUGGUUAUAUUACACCUGUGCCUGGUGGUGUGGGUCCCAUGACAGUUGCUAUGUUGAUGCUCAAUACUGUAACAGCUGCUAAAAACUUGGCCGCUGCCUCCAAAUAGUUUUAUAUGUAUAUAUAGUUUUGCUGACAAAUUAGAUAGAUGGCUAUAGUAUUUUUUUCUUUUUAUUUUUUAAUCUCAUUCAUUUCCUAUUUUUAUUUUAUUUUUUUAUAUUAAAUAAUUUUCGUUUUUCAUUAACGAAUAUAUAAAAUACCAUGAUGCAUCCUGAUAAUAACUAAUAAUGUAUAAUGACAAAUAUUUUAAUUUAAAUAUUUUAAUAAAGAAACAAUAUUAAAGUUAA